CUCGCGCCUCCGAAACCCUUGAAAGUUUUAGGAGUCCUGAACUCAGCCCCGCGCCGCAUUUGCCAUGGCUUCCACAUUGGCGGCAAGCGCCAGGGCGGCCUUCGGCAGCAUUGCUCCGGCUCAAUGCGGUCCCCAGAGGCACGAUGAUUUGCACAGCGGGGUUAUCCACCGGGGGAGGAGCAGGGCUUGCAUUUUACCCCCGCGGAGCAUCGGACAGAAGGACAGGCCAUUGGUGAACAACUGGGCAGGGUCUGAGCUGCGGGCUGUAAAGGGGGCUCUCACAAGAGAUGGAACAAAUAGAAGAGCAGCUGGCAUCAGAUGCUCCGCAGACAAUGGCGCACCAAAGACGAAGGAGGCUCCCAUCAAGAUUAUCUUGUCUGGGCCACCUGCCUCAGGGAAAGGCACGCAGGCGGAGGAACUGGUGAAGAAGUACAAGGUAGUUCACAUUGCGGCGGGGGACUUGUUGCGCGCGGAGGUUGCGGCAGGGUCAGAGAACGGCAAGCGGGCGAAGGCGCUUAUGGACGGGGGGAAUCUGGUUCCAGACGAGAUCGUUGUUACGCUUGUUAAGGAGCGGCUGGCGGAGCCGGACGUCCAACAGCAUGGGUGGCUGUUGGACGGGUAUCCACGGAGCGAGUCUCAAGCAGCAGCACUGGAGAAGGAGGGCAUUCACCCCGACGCGUUUGUUAUCCUUAGGGUCCCCGACUCGUCCAUUGUUGACCGCAUCACGGGGCGACGCCUUGAUCCGGAGACUGGAAAGAUCUACCACAUGAAGUAUAAGAAGCCUGAGAGCGACGAGAUUGCCAAGCGGCUCGUGACGCGGAGCGACGACACAGUUGACAAGGUCAAGACGCGGCUGGAGGUGUACAGCAAGCACCUGAACGACGUGGCGAGCUUGUACCUGGACGAGAUUGUGUUCGUGGACGGAAACCGGCCGCCGCAGGACGUGUUCCAGGACAUUGACGCGGUCGUCCAAAAGUUGCAGAGCGGAGAGAAGGAGAAAGCGGUACCCCCCCGAGAGGAGGCGGACGUCAGGGCAGAGGCGGAGGAGGUAGCACGGGAGUCGCUCUUGGACAAGACAGCAAUCCCUCCACCGGGAGAGACAGCGACAGCGCCCCGGCCGGAACCCGUGCGGCGGCCUUCAGAGAGCCUACACGACUCCUUAGAGCCCAUCCCGCUGCGACUGAACACGACCCCCUACCCCCGCGAGAUUCGGGAGCACUUUUACCGGGAGGCGUGCUUAGCGGCCAAGAACGCGGUCAACGACGGGUUGCACCAACUAGAGAUCCGGUGCAUCAUCCCCGAGCUGAACCCUGAGAUGGACGUGUACCGGAUCGGCACCCUCCUGGAGCUCAUGCGCGAGCUCGCCUUCACCUUUGCUGACGACGGCAAGCGCGUCAAGGUGUGCGUGCAGGGCAGCAUGGGGGACGGCAUCUUCUCCGGCAUGCCGCUCGCGCUGGCCGGCACGCGGCGCAUCAUUGAGAGCAUGGACUGGGGGGACGAGGAGGACAAGGCCAACUUCAUCCGCUUCGGAGCCGUUGGAGCGAAGGAAGUAACCGAUGAGGACGACCUCUUUAUCGUCAUGGCGCCCCAAAACGCGGUUGCGAACUGCAUUAUUCCGGAUCUGGAAGCGAUGCUGGAGGCUGCGGGAACGCGGCCGCUGAUUAUAGUGAACCCGCGACUGAAGGACGUGCCUAGCUCCGCGGGCGUGAUGCAGAUCCGCGGGCGCGAGGAGCGCGAGCGCUUCACCGCGUCGUUCUUCCAGUGCUACAACUUCCGGCUGCUCUACAAGGCCGCCACCAACUUCUACCCCAUCAUGGGCGCACUCAGGUACGUAUACCCUGGCAAGUACGAGGUCUAUCGGCGGAAGGAUAUGGGCUUCGGCGAGGAGCGGUACGACUUGCUUGGCGAGUUUGACGAGGAGCCCAUGAAGCAGGACCUGGGGGACGUGUUGUACGGGCGGCGAAAGGUUGGGGAAAAGAAGCUGAAAACCAGGGGUUUGUUUGGAUAGAGCGAUGGAGAUUGGCUUCGCACGUUUUGACUACCUGUUCUAUACUGGAUUGGAGAGCAAUUCUUCCAGGCCCUUAAAGAGUGCAUGCGGCACUCAGUACAACACCCAAUUUGAACAUGUACAUUGGUCGAUUCGCCGCUUGCGUUUAAUAAUGUUUCGCAGCAGCUUUUUGUCACCUUCUGAUGAAAGUCCUGCGAUAAUCCUGCACCG